AGAGGCAUAAUAACAAUAAGAAGAAGAAAGAAUAUAAUGAAGACAAGAACAUCUUAAUUACGAAGGAAAAUGACAUCGUCACGCUACCUGAGUACGAAAUCAGGCAUUCAGACGUUUUUGGCAGAUAUUUAGUUGCCGCACGGGAUUUGUCGACAAGUGAAAUUAUCAUUCAACAGCUACCAUUAGUCGUUGGGCCGAUUGCCAACGAUGAAAAUGCCCCAAUUUGUCUUUCUUGCAAUCAGGCACUGGAAAUUGACAACUCAUUUCGAUGCUUCGGAUGCAAAUUUCCUCUCUGUUCAGCUCAUUGCACCAAUCGUAUUCACACAAAGUUCGAGUGUCAAUAUCUGAAAACCCAUAAUAUCUUUCAAUAUUUACAUUUGAAUGAACACCGUUCAGAACUCGAAAACGACUACGAAGCAAUAACUGUUCUCAGAUGUUUGAUGCUGAAAAUUUCGUCUGAACAAUCAUGGAAGCAGCUCAAUGAAAUGGAAUCGCACAACGAAAUACGUAAAAACAUGCCUGCUCUUUGGAAUAGGAAUCAAAAAGUUAUUGUUGAUCGUAUUAGGAAGAAGUGGAAGUUGGAAGAGUUCAGUGAAGAUGAAAUUCAUACUAUUUGUGGUAUAUUGGAAGUGAAUUGCUUUGAAGUUGGUGGUAACAAGGGAACAUCUGCUAGAGCUUUGUUUCCUGAGGCAUAUUUAAUGUGCCAUGACUGUGUACCAAACACAAAUCACACAGAUGAUCCAAUAACUCACGAGCUGACAGUUCGCACGACAAAGACGAUAAAAAAAGGCGAAGUUAUAAGCUUGAGUUACGCUUAUACUCUUCAGGGUACAUUGAAAAGAAGACAACAUCUGAAUGAAGCAAAGUUUUUCUGGUGCAUUUGCGAGCGUUGCAAAAGUAGUGAUGAAUUGUCAACUCAUGCCAGCACGUUGCUUUGUCCCAAAUGCACAUACGGUUUCAUUCUCUCAUCAAAUCCACUUGAUGAAAAUGCUGAAUGGAGAUGUAGUAAAUGCAGUUUCUCGCUUGCAGCACAAUUUGUAAUGAAUCUUGUUACAAAGCUUUUCGAUGAACUUGAUGCAAUUGGUGGAAAUAACGUUAUCGAGAUCGAAGGGUUUAUGAGAAAAUAUUCAAGAACACUUCAUAACAAUCAUUACAUAUUCUUAUCAGCCAAGCAUUCGCUCUGUCAGUUACUUGGAAAGGUUGAAGGAUAUUUGAUUAAUGAACUGAAUGCUGAGCUGUUGAAAAGAAAAGAAGACUUGUGUAGGGAUUUAUUAGAGGUAAUCGAUGUUUUGGAGCCCGGAAGCAGUCGACUGAGAGGCGUUAUCCUUUACGAGCUUCACGCGCCUGUCAUGCUUCAGCUCACUCGUGAAUUACAAAUGGGAAGAAUCAAAAAUUCAGACUUCAAGAGGCGAUUGAAAGAAGUUGUUCAAAUUCUCAAUGAAUCUUAUAAAAUCCUUCAGUAUGAACCAGAGAAUAGCUCAGAAAAUCAAAUGGCUGUGGCAGCAAAAUCUGCAUUAGACUCAAUGGUUGAAAAGUAAACAUUGUUAUCAGCCAUCAAGGGAUGAAUAAAAAUGUAAAUUUCAUUCAAAAUUGAAUUUGAAAUGGACAAAAAAUUGAGGAAAAGUUUAAUAUUCUUGAUAAUGCACAUCGAUAGACAAAAGCUUUAGGUCAACAAAAAAAAUUUCCACCAUUCUUGAGUGAUUAUUUUCAUUUUAUUCGUAAUUGCUCAAGUGUGAAAUUCACAUCAACUUUGAAACUUAUUGCCAUCACAUUCAUUCUGAUUGUAAAACAAAUAGAAA